AUGGCACCAUUUACUUGCCUUCUGUUUGCAUUUCUUGCUUCCCUAAGCAUGCUAAAAGAUACUCAUCUCUUCUGCAGUGCAGAUCCCACGGAUGGCUUCACAGACGUGCCAUUAACAGAAUAUAAUUUUGAGAUGCAAUGGCCAUACAAUCUAAAUCUAAGUGAUAGAUACAGUAACACCGAUGGAGUGCGCAGGCUUUGGGUGUAUUCAACUGACAAGCCAUUCAACCCAACCACCACAACAAAACCACGAACUGAAAUUCGCAUACGUGGAUAUGACUAUUCAUCAGGUGUAUGGCAGUUUGAAGGUUAUGGAUUUGUGCCCAACGGCACUAGCGGUACAUCAAUCGUGCAGAUCCAUCGCACUACAUAUCCAGCUACCGUGUUAAUGCUGAUGGUCGUUGAUGGUCAAUUGAAGUUCUAUCACAGGACCUUAGUGGAACCAAAUAUCUAUGACAGGUGGAUGAGGGUAAAUGUGAUACAUGAUGUGGAUUCCAAUAAGAUAACUGUGUUUGUUAAUGAUGUUCAAAAGCUAGAGAUAGAGGGCAAUGGUCCAAAUGCUUUCUAUUUCAAGUGCGGGGUAUAUGGCCAGACAGACGAAACGUAUUACAUGGAGUCUAUGUGGAGGGAUAUCAGAGUACUCAAGAAAGAUGGGUGAAUUUAUAAUACAUGUAUUCAUUUCAACCAUCAUGUAUAAUGUGAUGGAACAUCAAAAGCUUCAUAAAGUGAUGCAAAAAUGUGUGUAAU